CUCCCCGGGCGCCCAGGGAGACGCGGGGAGCGCCCGGAGCUGGAAGCCCGGGGUGGGCGGGGAAGCUGUCCGUGGUGCUGAGCGGAUCCCGCACCGCUCCCGCCAGCGCCCGCUGCGGAUCCGCGCCCCGGGGGAGCUUCGAACCCGGGUGCCCGCCCAGUUCAGAGGGCCGCAGCGUCUUCCCGGUACGGACGUUGGGCCUUCUUCUCAGUCCGAAAGUCGCUCUCUUGGGCAGUUCAUCCCAAAGGGUUUCCUCGAAAGACUCAGAAAGGGCGCAGUUCUUGACCGAGGGACCUAUUUACCCCGGAAGCCACCGCGGGAAAAGAUGCCGGCCUUCAACAGAUGGGUUCCCCUGGCUGCUCUCCUGCUCGCGCACUGGGCCAGCGUCUGCCUCCCUGUGUGUGUGGAGGUGCCCUCGGAGACGGAGGCCGUCCAGGGCAGCCCCAUGAAGCUGCGCUGCAUCUCCUGCAUGAAGAGGGAGGAGGUGGAGGCCACCACGGUGGUGGAGUGGUUCUACAGGCCGGAGGGCGGUAAAGACUUCCUUAAAAAUAAGGAGCCUCUGAUAUCUGCCGCCCCGGGGCAGCUGUGGCUUGUCGGACACACUCAUCCUGACUCUGGUUUUCUCCUCGCAGCCGGAGAGGACUUCACCUCCGUGGUGUCCGAGAUCAUGAUGUACAUCCUCCUGGUCUUCCUCACCUUGUGGCUGCUCAUAGAGAUGGUGUACUGCUACAGGAAGGUCUCGAAGGCCGAGGAGGCAGCCCAGGAGAGCGCGUCUGACUACCUUGCCAUUCCAUCGGAGAACAAGGAGAACUCUGCAGUGCCCGUGGAGGAAUAGAUGAGCACAGCGUGACUUGAGGUGGCCUGAACACGGAGAGACUGGAUAUCUGAGGUUCAUUGAUGUCGACAGCAUCCGGAGGGUGCCCCAGGGGGCACCAUCGUUUCCCUUCAUGCAUCCAUCUUCCAUUCAUUCAUCCACACAUCCACCCACCUCGGAGCUUCCACCUGGGGCUUCCUAACUCCAUCAGACCUCUGCAUACCUUAAAACUUUACCAGACCUGAGAAGCCAACAUUUUUACAGACCAGUCCUCACCCUGUCCUAGCUUUCAAGAAAGCAGCUCCCACGCCAACUGGAUUUCUCCCUAGCACUCUGUGCAAGUGUGGGAGCAGCAUCUCCAUCUGCCCUACUUGGAGCUUUCUCACUCACCGUCGUUGGAAGAGAAUGGAUGUCUUAAUGGAAGGAAGCAGGAGUGAUUUAUUCAGGUGAAAGCCAAGCAUGCCAUAAAUUUAGAUUCCGUGCAGUCAGAUUUUCCAAGUUCAUGGUUCACUUGGCUAGCAUUGGAACAAAGUGUGACUCUCCAGUGAUAGAGGAAUCCCUAAGCCUGGACUAAAUGCUCUCUGGGGCUUGGUACUCCAGGGCUAGACACUGAUGGGUCUCGAAGGCCUGGGUUCAACUCAGUCCUUCCGAGGAGCCAACACCAGGAGACUCGAGAAAGAUCGAUGGCAAUUUAGACUCUUUAAAGUCGCAUGAGGUGUCCCUCUUGGGAUAAUGUGUAUGUGCCCUGUCCAGGGAACACACCACCUGGGCACUGGAAUGGAAAUUCUUAAGUUCUUUCUCUCAAAGUUUCUGAGGCUCAGUAUUAUUGCUCAUUUUAGGGAAGGAAACUGAAACAUGCAGGAUUCAAUGGAAUAUUCCAAAACUAGAGCACUGAGAAGCCGUAGGUGCUGUCCAGUUGACACUCCCCGGGACAGAUCACUCUGGUUUUGAGAAGACCUUGAUGGGGAGCUUGACUGUGGCCAUGGCUCUUGCACAUGCAGAUGGAUUACCCAUUGAAGUUAACGCUGAUGGACUUAGGUAACUGUAAACUGGCAUGAAAAGCAGAGAGAAGGGUGUGAGGUAGACACGAAGGAUUUCCUUCAAGAUUUGGGUGUCCAAAGCACCCUGCAGAGGGACCUUGUGUCUCAGAAUGAUGUUUCGAUGAGGAAGAAUGCUUUUCAGUCUGACAUGGAUGAUGGCAAGUGAGUGAAGUGACCACCGUGGCUUCUGAAUAGUUCACUUGUGACUCCAUUAUAUUCAGGUGGGAGCAGAGAGAAAUCGCGGUCAGCAUCCCAUGUUUCAUUUUAACCGAGUGACUGGCCCAAUGGCGAUGUUCUUGAGCACCCAGUGAUGGGAGAGAGGGAUGUUGACUGGGAUGUGAGGCGAUGAAGUGACCGGGAUUUGAUGAGACGUUCCUCCGAGUUACAGGGAAAGACCGUACUCCAUUGGCUUUGGGCUUCAUCUGAUCAGUUCAUUUUAUUCAUCUCGUCAUCCCUGAGGAACUAUUUGAAACAAAACCCUUAGCACAUAUUAAAGAGCCUGACUUCGUUGAAGAACAUAUUUGCAAUAAACUCAAGACCCUUCUUUUUGGUAGUUUCCCACAGCACCUCUCUGAAAUGGAGAGACACUGUACAUUUUUCUUACUUGAUAGGAGGGCAGGCCUGACUUAGUGUGAGCUUUUCCCAUCAGGCCUGUGGCCGGUUGGCACCAGAGCGCGCAGUGUAGACGAGGAUCUGCUACGUACUGCCACGCCCCUCUUUCCUCGGCUCCAGUGGGUCACUCAUCCAACUCGUACCCAAGCAGGAUUCAUAACUACCUUUUUAUUUCUCUCUCUCUCUCUUUUUUUAAAAAACCCUACUCAGAUGAUUCCUGAGCGAUUAAGUUUCUUUCCUGUUUUUAAUUCAUGAGAGACAGACAGAUGGACAGAGACAAGCACGCUCGACAGGGUCGCAUGCUGUGAUUAUCCCUCCAGCUCUCCCAGCCAGCCAGGACCACAGGCCUGUGCACGCACACGGUGCACACAGGUCACCCCGAGGACUGAACCCCAAGCUCCCACACAGCUCAGUGUCACGGACUGGCAUGCCAACACUGGAGCAUGUGGCUGGUCCCUGAGUGACUUUUAAUGACGCUGACGGGUACCUCUCAUUUAAUUAUCCUUUAUGAGUUACCGUCUACUCUUUUCCUUUUUCUCCUCAACGCUUCUCAUUCUCGGCUUUUUCACCAGAGCUUUAAGGCUUGCAGAGCAUUUUCAGUGUAAUUAUUUUAUUUCUUCUCUGUAACUGGUCCUGUGAGGUGGAUAUUAAUAAUAUAAGUUGAACAUCCCUCAUCUGAAAAUCUGAAAUCUGAAAUGCUUGAAAAUCUGACACUUUCUGAGCACUGACGUGGCAGGUGGGACAUCUCACGCCUGCCCUGAUGUGACAGGGCACGGUCAAAAUGCCGCAAUACAAGAAUACUAUAUUAAGUCACCUUUAGACUGUGUGUAUAUAAAAUAUAAAUGGGUUUUGUGUUUAGACGUGGGUACAAGCAGGCAGAUGGACUGCCCAGUUGAAGCUAAGGUUGGUAUACUUGGGUGUGUAACACACACACACACACACAUCCAACUAUUCCAAAAUCUGAAAAAAUGUGAAAUUCAAAACAUUUCUGGUUCCAAGUAUUUCUAAGGGACAUCCAGCCUUACAUAACAAAUGAAGAAACGGAAGCUCUCCGAAGUUAAGCAGCUUUACUAAGUCGUAAGGCCCCCUCUCUGGUAAGCAGAGCGCUGGGAUCCAGUCCUUCUGGCUCCUGUUCUGGUCCUUUCCACAGAGACCAUAGCUGCUUUGUCUCUUAACUACCAUCAAACCUUCACCUUCCUGCUGCCCUGACGUUCACAUCUUUGACCCCUGACCCCACUGGACUGCCUCUCUAGCACAUUGCUCCAUGAUGGUUGCUAGAAACAUACUUUAAAAGACAGUCCUAUUUUGGUUCUCGCUAUUUCUCCUGGAUUGCCACUGAACUCUUCCCUGAGGGGCUUGAUCAUGACUUAGAACUCUACAAGGCACUGUGAUCACCAGCUGACUUACAUCUUCACCCACCUCUGUCUUGGCCUGUUUUCCUACAAGAGCCCCAGGCUGAACAUGUGUUGUUCUGGAAGCUUUAACUCUGAUGCUUACUAAAGGGCUUGGAAGAGUUCUCAAGGGCUAUCCCCACUUCAGAAACCCCAUCUGUUGCCGUGGUGCUGGGUAUGUCCCAUCACUGACCCUCAGUGACACAGUCCACUCAAGGCCAAGCGUAGCUGGGGCUGAUGUUCCCGUCCUUGCUGUUUAACAGCCAUGCACUUGGUCACUCAGCUCGGCUGGCCCUGAAAGCACCUCUUUUUGCUGACCUGCAGGGUCAGCUCGGUCGUGUAUCAAAGCCCCAGCCCCUGCAUGAAGUCCAUGGGCAGACAGUGCUUUUCCCUGCCCCAGCCUCUAUUUCCAGUCUGCUCCAAAGCAUGAUCUCAGUUCCUCCACCCUCAGACAUCUGCACAACCAGGCCUUCUUCCGAGUUCCUGGUUUCUCCUGAGAUGUUGAACUAGGAAUCAGUAGCAGUAAAGGAGUUCUCCAAACCACCGUGCUGAGAGCUGUGUAGAGCAGCGAGGGGGAAGGCCGCAGCUCCCUCCUACUGGAUCAAAAAGGACACUCGUCUCAGAACCUGUAAACCCACUUCAUGCAAAUCAGAGGUCAAGGGCUGUGGAACUGCAUCUUUUCGGGAAGCAGGAGCUAGACAGAUCUCAGAAUACAGCUUGGUUCCCCAUGCCCAGCUGAGCAUGGAAAUGGAAAAACAAAAAUCAAAAGCAACACAAGAAGCCUUCCUCUCCUUUUGGGAAUGAACAAGCCCUGAAUCUGGUGACCCUGCCUAGUCACUGCAGAUGUACCUGAACGGGACAUGGUGUGGCCAUCCACUAGUCACCCGUGCGUUCCACAGCUCGCUCCCUCUGGGUCAAGGUCUCGCCUGAGUGCCCCAUGACCUUAGGUCUGAACAGCCUCCCACGCCUGACUUACGCUGAGCCCCAACACGGUAGGCAGCUCAUGCGGAGUCCAGCCCACCGCCUCCCCUUUGGCUGGGCGUACAGUGGGAUCCACCAGACAAGCACUGCUGAGCAAGCCUGCGUUCUAGCGUGUCAUGACCAGGUAAACCUCAGAGCCAGAAAUGCGCUUCUCCUGCAUCGCCGUUUGGCCUGAGCUGCUUCUGAUGGGCAGUUGGUGUGAUGGGAAGGGAGGGUGCCGAAGGGUCAGUGCUGUGAGCAAACGCCUGUGACAUUUCCACGUCGUCACCUUCACUCAUAUUGCUUUUUCUUGGUUUUCCACAGCCAGUCCUUUUCUGAACUCUAGAAAUGUCGUUCCUGACCACUCAAGCCCUGAACACCCAAAUGCCUGUAUGUAGUGUUUUUCAGUAAACUUCCCGUUUGUGUCAAUAAAGCGUCUCUAAG